UGAACACGCAAAAUAAUUGACAGACGUUAUUUUUCCGGCUGAAUGAAAUGAUCAUUUAAAGAUGAGAUGAUAUUUCAAAGCUAACAAUGAAUUCACUCGAACCAGUCAACUGGGAACUGGUCACGUUCAGUGAACUGGACAUGAUUUUACGCAUCAGUGGCUUUCUGGAUGAGUCAUACAUCGACAGUGAGCUAAGCAUAUCCCUAACACCCUUGUGUCUGGCUUGCAAGUACAACAGAGAGGACCUUGUUACAGUACUUUUGCACCAUAAUGCUCAAGUCAACAAAAGCUCUUCAUAUUAUAAUAGACUUCCUCUUCAUUUUGCUUGUAACCAUAAUCAGGGAAAUGUGGGAUUAGUACGCAAGAUUAUAGAAGCAAAAGCAAACCUAAAUGCAUCAGACAGCAUAGGAAAUACAAGUCUUCACAUAGCUUGUGCUAAAAGCAAUAUUCCUGUUGUGAAACUUCUUAUUAAAAAUGGUGCUAGUGUCAAUAUAAAAAAUAUGAAAGGAGACACACCUUUGGUAAGGGCCUGUAUUACUCAGUGCAUAGAGAUAGUGGAAAUACUGAUUAAAGCAGGGUGUGAUACCAAUAUACCUGAUGGACUUCCUUUAGAAAUUGCCAUACAAGUUUCAUCUGUUGAAAUUCUGAGAUUACUGAUUGAGGGCGGAGCCAAUCUUCAUGAAGGACCUUAUAUAAGCCAAGCUUGUGAGCGUGGAGACAUAGAAUCAAUGAAGAUCCUUCACAGACAUGGAGCAGAUGUAAAUAAAACAAAUAAGCUUGGCAUGAGCCCGCUACAAAUAGCUUGUUUUUCUGUGAGGCCACAACAAGAGGUGGUCAGGCUACUCCUCAAGUGGGGGGCCAACAUCCAUGCUUCCUCCCACAUGAGAGCAACUGCCUUACAUUUUGCUUGCCACACACACGACAUUGUGAAAAUCCGUUUACUUCUAGCAUACGGCGCAGACGUCAACGCCCAAGAUUCGCUUCAGUUUUCUCCCCUGAUGAUGGCAAUACAAAAUUUCUCACCGCAGUCUCCUGAGUCGCUGCUCAACAGUGUGGUUGUGAUUCGCUUGUUGCUUGCAGCCGGAACUAAGCUGAAGAAGGACAACUUUGAGAGGGUGAAGUCCAUGAUUUUGUUUGUUCAAGAAAGAAAAGAAGAGUUGGUUAACUUGCUGUAUCUGUGUGUGUCCCAGCCAGCUGAUCUACAAGCUCUAUGUCGUGUCAGCAUACGGCGACAUGUUCGGCCAGAUAUUGACCAAAACAUGGAUGUUUUACCUUUACCUGCCCAGGUGAUACGUUACCUUAAAUUUUUAGAUAUUUUAGAUUCUACAUAAAUGAGACAAAAUUAAUUAGUCAAAAAAUUGCAUAAUAGUUUAAACAUUGCAACAUUAUAUAAGAAUUCUUCUAUAGUGUGUUAAUAAACACAAGGUAUCAGUAUUUCACUCAACCUGAAAUAUAUAAGAUCUAAAACUUAUAAGAGAAUUAUUGUUGCAUUUGUUUGAAAUAAAAUCCUCUGCUUCCCUUUCUUUUUGAAGGGAGCAUGUAGGCUUGAAAUGUUUUUUCAUAUUGAAGAGCACAUUUCUUUGCUGUAUAAGAUGUUUUCCUUUAGCCAAUCAGUUACGUAACAUUACAUUCAGCACAUACAUGGAGUUAUUUCUUGCCCUGGAGAUAUCAAGUUAUAAUUACCUGAGUUGAAUUGCACUGUAUUGGAUAAAGCCAAUACUUUUUUAUCCUCAAAUUGAAUUGUGCUGUUACUAGUAUCUGGUAGUUUAAAAUUUGACUCUGAUAGUGAUAACCUUCUCAAGACUAUUAUAAAUGUAUUAAAUCUAGAGUCAAAGAAAACAGUGUUUAGUCAUGGACUUGUAAGGAUAAUGUAUGGUGCUGGCCCCACAAUGAAUUAAUAUCAUGGGUGCACUGAUACUGGCUAAUCAAUUCAUUCAUAUGGCUGUUGUAGUAGGCUAAUAGCCACAAUCCAUUCAUAUGGCUGUUUUAGUAGGCUAAUAGCCACAAUCCAUUCAUACGGGCCACAAUCCAUUCAUACGGCUGUUGUAGUAGGCUAAUAGCCACACAAUCCAUUCAUAUGGCUGUUGUAGUAGGCAAAUAGCCACACAAUCCAUCCAUAUGGCUUGGCUACAGGAAGUUUUAUUUGUGUUUGCAUAACUUAUUUUGUAAACAAUGCUUAUUUAUACUUGUAAUUGUUAUAAUUUGUCUUGAGGGUAGCUUGCAAGGAUUUAUUCAAUGUAAUAAUUUGUUUUGUUCAUGCUUAUCAAUGGAAUGUUUUUGGGCAAUGUAAUGUUAUAUUUAAAAAAAAAAACCAUUUAUUUUGUAACACAAAAUAAGCCUCAUCCCACACAUCCCAAAAAAUACACUGGGUCUACUUCAUCUACACCAAUGAUGAUGUAAAGAAAUAGUUUUAUCUAAGAAAAAUAAAAAAUGUAAUGUAAACUUUUUAAAUUAAGUAUUUAGUGUGUUAAUGUGAAAUGAAAAUAAACAAAACCAACAAAAUUUGUCAAAACUAAAACUUUUUAUUAUUUUUUCCACC